UGACCAAGGCAGGACGAGCAACGUGGUCAACAUCCACUAUGAGAAGGAGGAGCUGGAAGGACACCGGACCCUGUACGUGGGCGUGCGGAUGCCGCUGGUGCGCCAGAGCCACCGGCACCACCGCGCCCACAGCCAGAAACACCGGAAACGGGAGCGGGAGAAGGACACGGUGCCCGCCGAGCAGGGAUACCAGUACACCCCAUCCCAGCGGGUCCAGUUCAUCCUGGGCACGGAAGAGGAUGAGCAGCACGUCCCCCACGACUUGUUCACGGAGCUGGAUGAGAUCUGCGUGAAGGAGGGGGAAGAUGCUGAGUGGAAAGAGACAGCCAGGUGGCUGAAGUUUGAGGAGGACGUGGAGGAUGGGGGCGAGCGCUGGAGCAAACCCUACGUGGCCACGCUGUCCCUGCACAGCCUCUUCGAGCUGCGCAGCUGCAUCAUCAACGGGACGGUGCUGCUGGACGUGCACGCCACCAGCAUCGAGGACAUCGCCGACCUGAUCCUGGCCCAGCAGGAGCCGUCGCCAGAGUUCGACGAGCGCACGCGGGCCAAGGUCCGGGAGGUGCUGCUGAAGAAGCACCACCACCAGAACGAGAGGAAGAGGAACAACCUGCUGCCCAUCGUGCGCUCCUUCGCCGACGUCAGCAAGAAACAGGACCUGCACCUGCUUGAGAAGCCAGCCCAAACCCUCACCCCUCACCCUUCUCCCACCACUGCAGAAGCUAAAAACGGGGUGACCCCUGAGACCAGUGCCAUGGACCUGAGCAAGGCGGAGCUGCACUUCAUGAAGAAGAUUCCCAGCGGAGCGGAGGCGUCCAACGUGCUGGUGGGAGAGCUGGAUUUCCUCCACCAGCCCCUCGUGGCCUUUGUCCGCCUCACCCCAGCUGUGCUCCUGUCGGGAAUGACAGAAGUUCCCAUCCCAACAAGGUUCCUGUUUGUUCUGCUGGGGCCAGGAGGAAAAGCCCAUCAGUACCACGAGAUCGGCAGGUCCAUGGCCACCACCAUGACAGAUGAGGUUUUCCACGAUGUUGCCUACAAAGCCAAGGACCGGGCUGACCUCGUGGCUGGCAUUGAUGAGUUCCUGGAUCAGGUCACGGUGUUGCCGCCAGGAGAGUGGGACCCAUCCAUCCGAAUCGAGCCCCCCAAAAACGUCCCCUCCCAGGAAAAGAGGAAGAUGCCAGGAGCUCUGGAUGAGAGUUCUUCCCACAGCAAACCAGAGAAACACAGCGGCCCUGAACUGGAGCGGACUGGGAGGCUCUUUGGGGGUCUGGUCCUGGAUGUGAAGCGCAAAGCCCCGUGGUUCUGGAGCGACUUUCGGGACGGUCUGAGCCUGCAGUGCCUGGCGUCCUUCCUGUUCCUUUACUGUGCCUGCAUGUCCCCUGUCAUCACCUUCGGGGGACUGCUGGGGGAGGCGACCCACGGCCACAUCAGUGCCAUGGAGUCACUGCUGGGAGCAUCCAUGACAGGCGUGGUUUAUUCUCUCUUUGCUGGCCAGCCCCUCACCAUCCUUGGCAGCACUGGACCUGUCCUGGUCUUUGAGAAGAUUCUCUACAAAUUCUGCAAGGAAUACAAGCUCUCCUACCUGUCCCUGCGGACGUGCAUCGGGCUCUGGACCGCGUUCUUCUGCGUGGUGCUGGUGGCCACGGACGCCAGCUGCCUGGUGUGCUACAUCACCCGCUUCACCGAGGAGGCCUUCGCCUCCCUCAUCUGCAUCAUCUUCAUCUACGAGGCCCUGGAGAAGCUGAGCCACCUGCGGGAGACCUUCCCCGUGCACAUGCACAGCAAGCUCGACCUCCUCACCAUCUAUUACUGUAAGUGUGAGCCCCCGGCUCAUCCCAGCAACGAAACCCUGCGCUUCUGGCGGAGCAAUGGGAUCAACGUGUCGGGAAUCACCUGGGGAAACCUCACAGUGACCGAAUGUCGCUCUUUGCACGGGGAGUUCCAAGGACCUGCCUGUGGACACAACGGCCCCUACGCGCCCAACGUCCUCUUCUGGUGCUGCAUCCUCUUCUUCUCCACCUUUGUCCUGUCGAGUUUGUUGAAGAAAUUUAAAACCAGCCGUUACUUCCCUACCAGAGUCCGAUCCACAGUGAGUGACUUCGCUGUGUUCCUCACCAUUGUCAUCAUGGUGCUCAUCGACCUCGGGAUUGGGAUCCCGUCCCCCAAGCUCCACGUCCCCCACAUGUUCAAGCCCACCAGGGAUGACCGUGGGUGGCUCAUCAACCCCAUUGGGCCCAACCCCUGGUGGACCGUGUUGGCUGCGCUCAUCCCAGCCCUGCUCUGCACCAUCCUCAUCUUCAUGGACCAGCAGAUCACGGCUGUCAUCGUCAACAGGAAGGAGCACAGGCUCAAGAAAGGCUGUGGGUACCACCUGGACCUGUUCAUGGUGGCCGUGAUGCUCGGGGUGUGCUCGGUGAUGGGGCUGCCCUGGUUCGUGGCCGCCACCGUGCUGUCCAUCACCCACGUGAACAGCCUCAAAGUGGAGUCCGACUGCUCCGCGCCGGGCGAGCAGCCCAAGUUCUUGGGGAUCCGGGAGCAGAGAGUCACCGGCCUGAUGAUCUUCGUGCUCAAGAGAGUGUCAAUACUGCAAAUGAAAUGUAAAGCCAUUAAUUAUUGCAUUUUUCCCCAGUUUAUCCCGAUGCCAGUGCUUUAUGGGGUCUUUCUGUACAUGGGGGUCUCGUCACUCCGAGGAAUCCAGUUCUUUGACCGCCUGAAGCUGUUCUGGAUGCCGGCCAAGCACCAGCCGGAUUUCAUUUACCUGCGCCACGUGCCCCUGCGCAAGGUGCACCUCUUCACCCUCAUCCAGCUGCUCUGCCUCGUGCUGCUCUGGGCCAUCAAAGCUUCCCGUGCUGCCAUCAUCUUCCCCAUGAUGGUUUUGGCUCUCGUUUUUGUCCGGAAAGUGAUGGAUUUCUGCUUCUCCAAGCGGGAGCUCAGCUUCCUGGAUGACCUCAUGCCAGAAAGCAAGAAGAAGAAGUUGGACGAUGCCAAAAAUGAAGCCAAAGAAGAGGAGGAGUCCCAGAAAAUGAUGGAAGCGGCUGCUGCGAAUUCUGUUCAGCUGAAGCUGGGCAAGACCAGCAGGGUGGACACCCCAAAGCCCAGCAGUGACAGGGCUGAUCCUUCCGAGAUUAACAUUUCGGACGAGAUGUCCAAGACCACGGUGUGGAAGGCUCUGACCAUGAACACAGAAACGCUCUGAAUGCAGGAGGAAAGAGGCGCCUCGACGCCCCCGUCGAGGAGCAGGGAUGUGACUCAGGGAUGUGCCAAGGCAGACACGGA